AUGUCUGGGGGCUCAGAGAGUGAUGAAUGUGCAACAGCUAAUGGGAGGGUUUAUAUUCCUGAAGUAAGAAAUGAGGAAACACCAGCAGUUGGGAUGAAGUUUGACUCGCUUGACCUCGUUUACAAUUUCUAUAAUAGAUAUGCAUUCUUGGCUGGCUUUGAUUCUACAAAAGUACUCACAAAACAGUUGGGUUCAGUUAAUAUUCCCAUUCAUCAGAAGGUAAGUAUAUUCGAGGUGCAAUCCGGAGGAAUGGAUAAAAUCGGUUUUAUCAAAAAAGAUAUCUACAAUCUUGAAUGUAGUGUGAAUGGGAAGCUGAGGAACCACGAUGUUGAACUAGUGACCGAGUAUUUUAUGGCUGAACAGAAAAAAAAUGAGGCUUUUUAUUUCAAGAUUGAGGGAGAUGGGCAUGACAGGUUUAGUCGAUGUUUUUGGGCAGAUGCAACUUCUAGACGGGCGUAUGGGUUUUAUGGAGAUGUUGUUGUAUUCGAUACCACAUUCAACACGAAUCGAUACGACUUGACAUUUGCACCAAUGUUGGGAGUUAAUAACCAUGGUCAGACAAUUGUCUUAGCAUGCGCAUUUUUGAGCAAGGAAACGACUGAGUCGUUUGUUUGGAUGUUUGAGGAGUUUAAGAAAGCCAUGCCAGGUGGGGAACCUAAAACGAUCAUUACAGAUCAAGAUGCGGCAAUGGCCAUAGCGAUUUCAAUAGCCUUCCCGAGUACAUUUCAUCGACUUUGCAUAUGGCACAUCACAUCAAAGUUCUCUGUUAAGUUACCACGUGACGCUUAUAAGGAGUAUUGGCCUGAAUUUCAGAAAGCCAUAUGGGAUACUGACAAUAAGGAUGAGUUUGAUGCAAAAUGGAAUAUUGUGGUUAUAAAGGCUGGUUUGACUGACCAUCCAUGGCUAAGUUCAAUGUUUGAUUUAAGGGAAUCUUGGGUUCCAGCCUACGCACGACAAUUUUUUGCCGCUGGAAUGUCAAGCAGCCAAAGAGCGGAAGGUUCUCAUGGUUUUUUCAAGCAAUACAUAUCAAGGAGAAAUUCGUUGAUGGAUUUCAUAAUACGAUUUGAGAGGGCAUUUUCUCAUCAACGUGAAAAAGAGUUAGUUGCUGAUCACGUAGAUGCAUUUGAAGUGGCUCAAUCAUGUUUCCUAGAGCUCAAAACAGAGGAUGCAUGUAAAGUUGUGUUCAACGUGAGCGAAAGGAAAAAUUGGGAAACAAGAGUGGCAGAAGUCGUAUAUGUCAAAGAUUCUGACCACGCAUCGUGUAGCUGCAAAAGAUUUGAAUUUGUUGGAAUUAUUUGCAAGCACAUCCUAGCAUUGUUCAGAAGGGACCAGAUUGAAUAUAUGCCCGAUAAAUAUAUUUUGAAGAGGUGGAAGAAAACUGCGAAAUGUGGAUUGGUGUCAGAUGCAAAUGGCAACGAAAUUAAAGACUGUGCAGAUCCUGGCCUUCUAAUAAAGCGGAGUACAAUGUCUCGACUUGCUUCAAAUGUGGUUGAGGAUGCAUUAAUGAGUGAAGAAGGAUGUGAGCUACUGUCAGAGACUCUAAAAAGUUUGCAGGUGAAGUUGAAGUUGCUGAAGGAUGGACCAAGUAAUAACGAAGUUGGAGGGUCCAGCUCUCAAACACAAUAUAUGAAAGACCCUAAGAGAGUGAGGUGCAAAGGAAGGUCGAAAGGAAUAACGGGAGCAAAGGAAAAGGCAAUGAAGCGAGGGAUUAGACACUGUCGGGAGUGUGGACACAUUGGUCAUGAUAGAAGACAAUGCCCAGCCUUGAACACACCGACAUCACCGUCGAACAAUGACAAAUCAACUCCAAUACAUCGUAGUGACCCAUUAUUCGACGAUUUUGACAAGAUGCACAGACCAACUGAAUGA